GGGUGAUAAAGCAGGUAUGCAGAUGUCUAUCUUUCUCUCCUCCUCUCUGUCUCCCCUCCUCUCUCGAUUUCCCUUUGUCCUAUCCAACAACAACAACAGCAAUGACAACAACAAUAAUAAUGACAACAAAGUGGGAAAAAAAUGGCCUCCAGGAGCAGUGGAUUCAUAAUGCAGGCACCAAGCCCCAGCAGUAACCCUGGCAGCAAAAAAAGAAAAAGAAAAAAGAAACAAGUUGUUAAGAAAGACUGUCUUCUGGAUAGCUGGGUCCUUAAGAAGAGACGGGGCUUAAUAUGCUCUAGAAUUCUAAGACUCUAUGACUCAAUGUCUGUGGUUCUGAGGUUCUAGGACUGAGGGUAGCAAAUGCUGAGGGCUCAACCCUAAGGACUCUAUGCGAGACUAAAUGGAAGACCCUAACUCUGGCUGCAAUGUCCACGCACUCAUUCAUCCAGUAGUUGUGCCACUGAAUCGAUCAUGGAGUCCUCAUCCAUGGCCAAGAGAUCCAACCGUGUCAUCAACAUCCAUCCCAAUGAGGCAGUCAUAACCGCAUUUCCCUACGAACCUCAGAGCUCUUUGCUGGAUUUCCUGAAGGGGGAGCCAAGAGUCUUAGGGACUCUCCAGGUCAUGCUAGCUCUGAUCAUGGUGGGCAUCGGAACUAUAUUUGCAUUUAAUUUCUUCAAAUUCUCCCAGAAAUUCCCCCUCGUCUUCACCUCAGGAUAUCCAUUCUGGGGACCUUUUAUUUUUAUUAUUACAGGAUGCUUCUCAUCAACCAAAAAGAAAAUCACCUAUCUGGAACCUUUUGUCAUGAUCAUGAAUAUGCUCAGUUCCUUGACUGCAACAGCUGGGAUUGCUUUGACCAUCAUCAGCUUUAAAUAUCAGUACAUGUACUGCCAGGCACCUUCCCUUGAGGGAAUCUGUGUGAUAGGCAGAAUCCUUUUCAAUGGAAUUUUGUCUGUCUUACUGAUCAUCACCAUAGCAGAGCUUAGCCUCUCUAUUUCCAUCGCUGCCUUUAGAAGCAAGUGUUGGACACGGUCAAAUGAGAUUGUGUUCUUCUUGCCUAUGGACGUGACCCCAGAGAGUGAACUUGAACACAUUGCAGAAGAAAAUGCUAUAAUACAAUUUGAACUUCAAGAGGAGUCUUCCAACGAUGAAACAACUGCAAAUGUACAACCUGUUUUCAUCGGAGGCUAUACUUUCUACAAGCUGAGAGUCUCAAAAGGGUCUCUGGCUUACCAACAGUCAGAAAGGAAAUACAGCAAUAAUUACCCAUUCUCUUCUAUAUAUAUGCAAGAUGAACAACAGAAAAGAGCCUAUCAAACUUCAACACAGUAUGAAGAUGUAAAUGUGGCGAAAAAUUUGGUCAUCAUACCAGAGAUGCCAUCCACAGAUGUAAACACUGAACCAUCAGCAAAUGAAACCCUUUAUGCUGCUGUUGUAACUCCCCCUGUGAUACAAAACCAAAUCCUAGAAGCCUUGCCCUUGUCACUCCACGAUCUUCCAGCCCAGGAUGAACCAUCUCAGUCUCUGCAGUCUGAGUCCCAUACUGAUAAGUCCUCUGGCCUAUCUAAUGACAAGCCAGAGCAAGAAACACCCUCGCAAGAUAUAACAGACCAAGACAUAUUUUCCCAGGCCCAACUUCUGCCAAUACCAAGCGAGUUACUUGGCCAAUCAUUCCACUCUGCACUGUCCCAAACUCAGCAACCAUCCAAAUCCUUAUUUGCCCAGGCUAUACAGACCCUUCUUACUAAAAAACACCAGGAACAACAAACCUCAGAGGCUUCCAUCUUCCAAAUUGUCCAUUCUCUAAUUGAACAACACCCAGCUCAGCAAAGCUCAGAAGCCUCAAGCAUGCAGGGUGUUCAGUACCUACAUCAACACCACCAAGAGGAGCAAUUCUCAGAAGUCUUCCAGGCUUCACAGUUUCUUGAUGAUCGUCUAGAUUCUCAGAACUUGGAAUCUGCCACUGUGCAGGCUGAGCGGUCAUGUGACAAGCAACAUCUAGAUCAGCAAGGCCCGGAAGAUGCAUCGCCCCACAAUAUACAGUCUCUUAAUGAACAACAGGUAGGCCAGCAGUUCUCAAAGUUCUGCAAGAUCCGGACUAUCCAGUAUCUUAACAGACUGCAGAUGGACCAUCAAGCCUUGGAAGCUUCAAAACUCAAGCAUGCACAGUAUCUCCAUAAGCAACAGGUAAACCAGCAGUCUUCAGAAGCUUCAAAACUCCAGAGUGCACAGUAUCUUAGUAAGCAGCAGACGGACCAACAGUCUUUGGAAACUUCAAAACUCCAGAGUGCACAGUAUCUUAGUAAACAGCAGAUGGACCAACAGUCUUUGGAAACUUCAAAACUCCAGAGUGCACAGUAUCUUAGUAAACAGCAGACGGACCAGCAGUCUUUGGAAACUUCAAAACUCCAAAACGUGCAGUAUCUUACUAAGCAGCAGACGGACCAGCAAUCUUUGGAAGCCUCAAAUCUCCAGGUUGUACAACAAGUAGGCCAACAAUCUUUGGAAGCCUCAAAUCUCCAGGCUCUGCAGUGUCUUAAUAUGCAACAAGUAGAUCAGCAGUCUUUGGAAGCCUCAAAUCUCCAGGCUGUCAACAGACAACUACUCGAGCAACAGUUCUUGGAUAAUAAUCAACAAAUGCAACAGAGAAGCCAGCCAUCUAUACAUUUGUUAUAUCAAGACAUGCAGUCAGAAGUCAUGCUAAUGACUGAAGAGUGGCAAAGUAAAAAGGAACUGCACAGCAAGAAAUCCUCAAAGUGGCAUUUCUCCGAUGAACAACAUAAAGCUUUGCAAUCUCUAAAACAGAAAUCCACAGAGCUGAAAACCCAUGAGAAGUCAUUCUCAAAGAGGAAAUCCAUAGAUGAGCAAAUCAAAGGCUGGCUGUCCCCAAAGAAGCACUCCAAAGACAAGCACUCCCAGACAAAGCAACUCACACAACAGCCCCCGGACAAACAAACUGAAGCUCAAUGGGCCCAAAUAAAGCAGAGCCUAAAUCAAAAAUCCUCAAGCAGGCAAGGUGAAGACCAACAGGGACAAGAUGAUAAGAGAGAGGAACACUUCUCAAAAGAACAGUCAACGGGUGCACAAAAUCAAAAUCAAUUAGAAGUCCCAAAGCUUAAAGAUCUCUACCAAGUCGUACAAGCUCUGUCUCGACACCAAAGUCAGGAAUUACAAAACAGUUCUCUUCAAGAGACUCAGAAUCAAGCUGAGGCUCCAAAAGACCUUGAACCUGAAAGUGUCCAGACACAACUUGUGCAAGUCGACAAGAGUAAGACAGUGUUUGCAUCGAAGAGUGCCCAAACAGAAGAUAUACAAACAAACAACAACAGACCGGCCCUUCAAUCCACAAGUGUCCAAAAGGAAGCCAGACUAACUGAUAUGAGGCAAGCAAGAGUUAUCCAACCACAAGUUAUCCAACCACGUAAGUUGAAGUGUAAGUUUCAGAACUCAGCUGAGCCGCAAUUAGAAGAAACAAAGUUAGAUUUUCAUAGUUCAUGUCAAAGCUUAGUGCCUGACUCGUACCCCACUUGCUUGUCUGUUGCAGAUUCUGACCACGAAUUACACUUCAACAUUUCAUCUUGCUCAGCAGCAGACAACGAAGACCAGGACUCUGUCUCCUGUUUCCCAAUAGAAGAAGAGCAGUCUGAGGACAGUAACUAACAUGGAAAUCUACCCAAAUACCAUACUGCUACCAACAUGGAAACACAUUAAAAAAAAAAAGUGAUCUCCUUUGAUCUAUGUUCUCAAGUGUGAUUGCUACCUUCUCCACUCACAAGAAAAUGAAACCAUGCAGAGAACUCAAAAGAAUUUGCCUUGCAUUAAAAUGACAGCAAAUGUUAAGAAAAUAUCAGAACUUUCUGGAGAGGGGGUGACAUUUAAUUCACAUUCAACACUCUGCUAUCUAUCAAGAUUAGCGUUUCAAUUCAUGACUACCAGUUCAUCUUACAAUUGAAUACGCAAAGAAACAGCUUUUCUUUUCCCCCUAUGGUGCCAGUAUGUCUUGCCUCCUCUUCUGUGCAUGAUAGGGAUUCACUAACUCAACCAGGAAGGGCUCAAUAAACAAAAGAAUCAGCAAGGAAUAAAACGUAAUCACACAA